GCGAGUACUGACCUUCCCGUUUUAGGGAAAUCAAUUGAGUCUGCUAACAGAACGUAGAAAGCGAAGAGUAUAUAGAAAAUGGCGACGGUGAUUGUGAGAUCUGGCCUCCGCUCCGCCCUCCGUGGUGGCGCAUCUACUCCACGAGUUUCCGCAGCUUCCAAGCGCUCCUUCGCAUCUUCCGCUCAUCACGAUGAAGCUGCUGAGGCUUCCAAGUGGGAGAAGAUAACAUAUCUAGCAAUUGCAACAUGCACUGUUCUCUCUAUCUAUAACCUAUCAAAAGGUCAUCCGCAUCAUGAAGAGCCUCCUCCAUAUCAAUACUUGCACAUCCGUAACAAGGAGUUUCCAUGGGGUCCAGAUGGUCUCUUUGAGGUUAAGCACCAUUAAUCCUUCUAGGUUGGCCAGAAGAAGGCUAAAAGAAUAAUUGGUCUUCAGUUCUUUUUUCCAAAUAUUUAAACUCCUGAAAAAUCCAGACUGACCUGGAAAUUCAUUCAACGUGUUAUUUUUGAGAAUCUGCGAACUAGGACCGUUUUGUUCCUUGGAAGAUUUUCAUGUUUGAUAUUUCUAUACUUAAUACCAUUUUGCUGAGUGCAAAAUAAAAGUUCAAUAGAUUGGAGGGUUUUCCA